AUGGAGGGAGUCUUCCCACCACCCAAAAUAUUCACCAACGCACUCCUUUCCAACCCCGACAUCACCUCCCUCAUCCGCGAUACCGAAGCCCACGAGCGCGCCCUCUUCUUCCGUCCCCGCCCCGCCCCCUCCCCCACCCGCACCAACAACCCGCCAGAACCCGACCCGCCACCACCCAAACCCUCCUCCCGCCGCCAAACCGUCUUCAACGUCGCCGCAGGCGAAGCUGUGCGCCGUGUACCCGCUGCCCGGCGCGCUGGAGCGCAUCCCCGCGCAGCGCCAGAACAGGGUGCGUUGGAGAGGGUGAAUAUGGAGAGGAGUUGGGAUGAGGAGGGGGAAGGGGAGGAGGAGAAGGAGGAGGAUGGAGGGGAGGGGCUGCUGGGGGACGUCGGGAUGACGGAGGAAGAUCUGAGGCAGGAGGAGGCGGAAGUGAGGGCGUUGGAGAAGAAGAAGAGGUUGCUGCAGGCGCGGCUGAAGGCUCUUAAUAGUGAUCUGGGCGGCUUGCUUGACAUCUAG